AUGAAUAUUCCUCAAAUUUACCAUCUAGAAGGAGAUGUCUGGCUCGUUCCAUGCAUGGCAAAUUACAAUCAAAAUGAGUUCCAUCCUUUGCUUAAGCCAGCUUCAGAAGAUUCUGAAGAAGACCCGUCUGCUAAAAAGCAAGGCUGGAAUGACCUCGAAGACCAAAUGCUCCUGAGAAUUGUUGAAGCAAAAGGUCCAAAGGCAUGAAGCGCAAUAGCAAGAGAGAUCAAUUCACUACUUUACUCAGGAAAAGGUGUAAGACAGGGCAGACAAUGUCGUGAAAGAUGAUAUAAUCACGUUGAUCCAAGUCUUAAAAAAGGUCAUUGAAGCCCUGAAGAAGACAUUUAUAUACUUCAACAACAAAGAGAUAUAGGAAAUAGAUGAAGUGAGAUAGCAAAAGGACUUCCUGGCAGAACAGAAAAUAGCGUGAAAAAUAGAUGAAAAAGCAUGGUAAAAAAAGCUAUCAGAGAAUAUCCGCCAGGAACUGAUAUUAUCAGUAUGCUAAUAUCAGAAAAAAUAAAUUGUGAUGUAGAUAUGGAAGAAGACAGCAGCGAUGUCAAUACAGAAAAAGAAGUUGAGCAAGCACCAGGGCAUGUUUACGAUAUCGGAUCAAGUCCUCCUAGUGGCUUUCAGCAACCUCAUUCUUUAAUUAUAAAUUCGGUCAGAACGAAUUUAUCGAACUUUGCCAGAAUGGAUUUUCAAAUACAACAGAAUUCAGAAUUUAAAUAA